AGGGGAAAUACAAACCCUGCUCCUCAGUUUCGAGAUAGUUCCAUAUUUUACGCUAAACAAAUUUAAUGCGCGUUGGCUAUAUAACGAAGAGCUUUCUAGCACACUUUUCAUCGAUCGGGGAGUCUCCCAUACACUGUACACCUGCCAGCCCUCUCUGCCUGUCGAUAUUCAUUACAGUUACACCCAAAUAAAAGGGGAAAAGGGACAUAAUACACGAGAGUGGCAUCUGAUUCAAACGACUCUGCAUAUCCAGCUGAAAAAAAUCCCAUACCAUUCUUAUCAUUCUUCUAGUAACGACCAUGGGUGAGUAUCAAGCAGUGUUGGACAAAUACAGGGCACGUGCUGUGGCCUUUGAGAAAGACACCAGCGGUUGGAAGGAGUCGUCAAAAUCAACAGACGAAAUACGCAUCGAGUCCAAGAUGUCGGAUAAACUCAACUGCAGCGUCUACCGAAUGACGUUUUCUGUUAAAGUGGCCCCUCAAGUCGCGAUUGACACUUUUGCACUCAUCCCUGGAACUAAAAGAAUCGGCUGGGAUCCUGACCUUAAUGACAUCACUGUUAUCAAGCAACUCAAUGAGGUGGCAGUGUUGAAGACUAUCCUGCGAUCCCAUCCAAAGAUAAAUUUGUCCGAGGUGUCACCGGCUGCAUGUCCAUGAGAGUGGAAGAAGAUCCAGCGCGCCCAGGUUACUCGAAGAUCACAUUUGUCCAAGAGGUGGAUAUGAAGGGAAGACUACCUCGCUCAAUCAUCGACUCAACCCUACCUGGCGUUGCCAUCGGCGGCUUUCAGAACUGGAAGAAAUAUUUACGCCAGGAGGGCCUCAUGGCGUGAUCAGCCCAGUCCACCACAGCGCACAUAAAUAGGGCUCAUUGGAAGAGCAACUC